GCGAUGCAGGCGCUUCCCGUGCCGCUUGGCGCUGCGCGUGGACCCUGAGAGGUGCGUGUGCCUCGGUGCCUGGCGCUUCAUGCCUCUGAUCCACUGCGAUGCGCUGCUUGUUCCGGUGCGGGAGCAGUCACAGCAUGCUGCCUCUGAGUCGAGCGCUUGCAGAGGCAGCCGCUCAGCUGCAGAGGCACGUCUUGUCUGCUCGGCUCGGCUCCCGACGUCUUGUCCUGCGCUGCGCUGCACGACGCGACGCGACGCGGGAGGCGAGCGCCUUUCCUGCUGCGAUGCUGCCUGCCGCCUGUCACUCCCGCAGCCGCGGCCUCUGCUGCUGCGACGGGGACCGACAGCUGUCUGCUGCACAGCUGCCUGCGCAAGACGAUCUGCUACGAUCCGCUCCGGUCCUGGCCCCUUCGUGCUGUGCUGCAGCUCAGUGCUGCUGCUGCCGGUGCCGAACGCUGAACGGCUGCCAGCGCCACACCUCCCUUCAUGCUUCCUGCGAGCGGGAGCGGCGCCCGCGCGAGCGCUGCGCCGCUCAGCACCGUCCUUGCCAUCAAGGCGCGGGAGCUCGGCGGCGGAGCGUCGAAGGACGGCAAGCCGACGUGCAGCAUGCAGGAGCAGCGUGCCUGGCAGCGCUUGGCGUGCAGCAUGGCCGCCGUCUCGGCGACGACUGCCGCGGAAGCAGCGCUCCGAGAGGGCAGGCGCAGCAUCGGCACAGAAGGAGCGACGUCGAGCCUCCUGUCUGCUUCUGCGAGAGAAGCCUCUCACAUCGACGGCGGCUUCAGCUUGCCCUGCGACCCUCGGCCUCGGACACUCGCCCGUCAUCGGCGACGGCACUCCAACGAGCCGAUGCCGGCUGCACCGUCCGCUCGCCGCACGACUCAACUGCCGCCGGAGCACGCCUUUGCGCUUGCGCUCCGUGCGUUGCGCUGUGCUGCGAGCUUGGGCCCCGAGCCGAAGGCUGGCUCGUCGCAUUCCGGAGACCGACUGCGUCUGCGCUGCUGAACCCUGAGCGGCUGGCUGGCACAUGCGCCGAGCUUUCAGGGUGCCGCCACACAUGCACUGCGGCCCGAGCGCUGUCUUCCUCGCCUCAUAUUUGGCCUGCACGCCUCCCCGUGGUGGCUGCAUGCUUGCAAGCCAAGGCCAUCAUCAUGCGCAAGCGCAACCGGUUGCCUCGCUGCCACCGUCCGGCACUCCGCCUCUCGCUCAUCGGUCCCACGCGGCGGACUCGACUCUACCUGACUGCUGCUGCACCACGAGGCAGCAUACAAGCACGUGGGCCCGCUCCGCCCGUCAGAGCCAGCAGCGCUCCGCAAGACCACGCGAACCCCGCCGCUGGCUCACACGCACGCGAAACUCCGCGUGUGUGCUUCCUUCGCGCUCAGCAUCCGGCUUGGCAAAGUCGGCAUGUCGUCGGACCGCUUCCUUCGCGAACGCCACAGGGACACCCGGCGCGGGAAAAUGGGCGAGAGCGAGCUUCCCGCGUCGCUGCUGCGGGACCGACGGCGCCGGCAUCGGCUGCCUCGGCUGCUCUCAUUUCUGACAAGUCUGCGAUGGCAGCUGUGAGGGACCAAGCGAGGCCGCUCUUGCCGAGCCUAGUUCUCGCGGCUCGACCCGACUGCUGGCCUGCCGCCGAUCUGCAGCAGCCGAGCAUCGGAGGUGCCGUCAUAUAAGCCUCGAGCGUCUUCUCACCACGCCGAGCUCCCUACCCGGACGCCCAAAACAACCAUGCUGCACCUCUGGCACGUCGUCUCUGCCUUUGCGCUGCUGCUGCUGCAAGCGCGCGCCCUCGAGUUCGCCUUCACCACCUUCUCGUGCAACGAGGUGCGCUUCACCUAUGCGCUGGACCAGAACACGUGGGAGCGCCAGGCCAAUGUGCUGCUCAUCAACUACCGUGACGAGACGAUCGCUGCCGUCG